UUGCGGGCAAUAGUGAUUUUCACUUACAUAGAGUACUAAUUUGAUUAAGGAAAAAUCAUGUUCAUUCAUAAUUUUCAUUUUAAAAGUGUAUUCAUUCCUUCUGCAAAUCCAUACUGUCAUGCCUAUUCCCCAAUAUCGUAGUUCGUUAGUCGAAAAUACUGAAUAAUUAAACAAACCAAAUGGCAUCACUGGUGGUUCUUUUUUCCACUCCGCUAAACUGUCAUCUCAAACAAAAACAAAUGGAUCAUACAACUGCUAUGAAUACAUUCGACUCGUUUGCUUCCAUCAAUCGGUAAGUGAGAAAGAUGAUUUCUCCCAUCACCACAGUGCGGAUUUCCACUUCUAUCACAGCAGCCAACAACAUCCGUCCUGCAUCAGUAACCUCCAACCCCUGUUGGCAAUGCCGGGGGACAGCAUCAACAGCAGCAGCAGCAGAAUUUGACCAUGGUAUGGUAUUGCGAAGAACUUUCCCCAUUAGAGGUUCCGUGCUUCGCGCACAUUCAAAAAUCCUCUUCAGACACGAAAACUCAACGACAAGGAGGUAUUUAUCAACUUGCUCAGCUGAAUUACCACCCCGGAGGAACCCGAAUGCACUGAUUCCGUUGUAUAGUAGAAUGGAAAUAGGCGAGCCAACAGCAUCAGCUUUCCCGCAGCAGUAUCCUUUAAGUCCAGGGUGCUAUUCCGGGGAACACCAUCAACAGCAACCGCAGCAGGACCUGGCCAUCGAUAGUAUUUCGAGCAAUUUUCCCCAUCGGAGAUCCCGUGCUUCACGCACAUUGAAGAAUCCUCCUCAGCCACAUAUCUGUGUCAUCAAGGGCAAGGAGGUAUUCAUCAAUGUACUCAGUCGGAUUUGAAUCGUCAAUCCAGACAACCCGGAUGCACCGAUUCCAUUAUAUACCUUAUUUUUAUUAUACAUGGAUUUUUAUUAUUUUUUUUUCAAUAAAAUGUUUAAAAUCGAUCAAUGUAUUUCCUUUUCAUUUUCAAUAACAAACCAAUACAAACAAGCAGCAAGCAGUGCUGGAAGCAGCGCUGCAAGCAGGUCGACGCCUUGCACAUGUUGGCGAAAAAGUGGCGUCAAGUUGUUCGAUGAAUGCAUAUGAAAGGUCGAUAACUCGAUUGCAAGGUGGCAGCAUUUGAGGUCGAUUGUUGACAUUUCAUCGACCCGAUCUUGGCAGGCAA